GGUGGUGUUGCGAGGUUGAAAUUACACGAAGCCCCGAGCUUCACUCAGGGAGAGGUGGGGCGAGUCUGGAGUUAUCCGCUGUUGGCAGCUGCCAGCAGUCUCACCUUUAUUUCGUCUGCAUGUCACUUUGCUUUCACUACUCUCGCAACGACCAACAAUUGCCAACGAAUUUACCGGAUGUACACAUUCUAAGAGCUUACCUCUGGCAAUUGGCACAUUCUCUUUUCUGCACCUAGUAUCUGCCACCGCCCAGGUUGAGGAGGAAUCCCAUUGUACGAGAGCGAAAAAGACUUGUUUCAACGUCCUGUUCUUACAAGCCAUCCUAUCCGUACCCCCUAUUCCCUACCAACCGUCCCCUCCGGCUCAAAAAAUAAACUAAAACAACAAAAAAAAACCCCAAAAAAAACCAUAAUGUCCUCGCGUUUCGUCUCCGCCGGCGCCAUCGACGCCGCCACGGGCGAAGCCGCACCCCUCACCAACCCCAACCCAUCAUCAACUACAACAUCAUCAACAUUACCACCACAACCCCCCAUACAACCACCAACCCAACCCACCCCACCCCAAACCCAAACCCCCAAACAAGCCGCCUGGGCCGAAGCCACCGCCCAACUCGAAGCCGACCGCCGCCGCCGCGAAGAGGCCCGCACCGCCCAAGCCCAAGGAGGCGCCAACAGCAACCAGUCCCUCUACGACGUGCUGCAGGCCAACAAGGCCGCCAAGCAGGCCGCCUUCGACGAGGCGCACCGCCUGCGCAACCAGUUCCGCGCGCUGGACGACGGCGAGAUCGAGUUCCUCGACGAGGUGCGCCUGCGGAAGCGGGAGGAGGAGGAGCAGGCGCGCAGGGAGGUGGAGGUGGGGUUGCGGGCGUUUCGGGAGAGGCAGCGGCGAGGUGGGGGUGGGGGUGGUGAUGGGGAUGGGGAAGAGGGGGGUGAGUUGGAGGAGGGGGAGGGCGGUGCCGGGUGGGGGUUUGGGAGUGUGGGGAGGAAGAGGAGGAGGGGGGAGGGCGGGGAGGGGAGGAAGAGGUUGAAGGGGGUUGGGGUGGUGGUGGGUGGGGGGAGGAGGGAGUCUGGUGGGGGUGAUGGGGGGAAGGGGGUUGGGGAGGGGAAGGAUGGGGAGGGGAAAGGUGAUGGAAAAGGGGAGGUGGUUGUUGAGAAGGGUGACGGGGAGAAAGGGGUGGGAUUGAGUCCUGGGGGCAAUGGGGAGGUACCGAAAGUGGUACAGAAAACUAUGGCGCCAACGACGACAGCGCCCAUACCACCGGCAAAGGUGGCAGCCGCAAGUACGGCAAAGCCAGGGGGGUUGUUGGUGGACUAUGGGUCUGACGAUGAUGAGGAUGACUGA